AUGAAGCCGACUGGUUUCGCAAACUGGUCGUCGGCGCUCAUCGUCGUCGUCGUCGUCGUAGUCGUCGUCGUCGUCAUUGCCUGCCGUUCUAUACACAGCCAUUGCCUUCGUCGUCAUCUUCGCCGCGAAGAUCACGACGAUCACGACGAUGCUGAUGACAACGAUGACGACGUGCAGGAGGACGACCAAGAUGGUGGUGGUGGGGUGGUGGAAGUGUCGUCUUUGGUGUCGGUACGUAUGCGCGUGCGCCGACACCAAAAAACCCCCCGCUCAUCGGUGCGAUUUGAUGAUCGCUAA